UCUGUCAAGUGUCACAUUUCCAAAAGUUUCUCAUCCGUUGGUUUAGUAGAUUGUUUGCUGAAUUUUGAAUUGAUAAAAUUUACCUUAGAGGUAAUAUAAAGAUGCCGGAAUCAGAAACCGCAGAAACUGUUGAUCAAAAACAAGAAUCGAAGCUUGAAAACAUUCCCAGAAAGCGAGUACGGCAUCGUAAACGACAACUGUACGAUAACAUCAUAAAACAAAUGGAAUUUUACUUUAGCGAUGCCAACUUAAGCAAGGAUCGCUAUCUCAAUGAAUUAGUGAAUAACGACCCAUACGUGCCUAUCAACGAAUUUUUAAAAUUCAACAAAAUCAAUUCAAUGACUCAAGAAAUCAACGAUAUUGCGAAGGCUUUAUCACAUUCCUCAUUCUUGGAACUAUCUGAAGAUAAACUUAAGGUUAAAAGAAAAACCCCUUUAUUGCCUUAUGAUGUUGAUGCAAGAACUGUUUACGUAGAAUCAAUACCGGUUAAAGCAACACAAGAGUGGUUAAAGAAAGUUUUCUCGAAUUAUGGACAUGUAGCAUACAUUUCAUUGCCGAAAUUUAGAAAUACACAAAGAAUUAAGGGUUUUGGUUUCAUUGAAUUUGAAAAACCUCAAGAAGCACAGAAAUGUAUCAAUGCCUUUAUAAAAAUGGGCUGCAAGUUACCAACAUGUAUGCCACCUGAAGAACUAUCUUCUAUAAAAAUGUUUUCGGUAGAUGAACCACCACAUGAUGCAAAUGAUAGUAAAGAAGAUUAUGAACCACCGAAGAAGAAGAACAAGAAAUCAAAAGACAAAAAGAAGAAUCUUGAACUGAAGAUUGAACAUGAUUCUGAUUCUGAAAGAAGAGUGGAAACACCAAGUGAAGAAACUAAAAGCUUAGCAACACCAUCAGAGGAUGAGAGUAAAAGUUUAGCAACACCUACAGAGGAAGGUAAGACAACAGAUGCAGAAUCAAAAGAUGAAAUGACCAGUCAAGAUGAAUCUAAGAAUGAUGGAUCACCACGUCGGAAGAAGAAAAUCAAGAAGAGAAAGACAAAAAAUGGUACAAAAGACAAGAAACUGAAUAAGACAGAAGUACAAAACGGAUUAUGGGGUUUGCAAGUUCUACCGAAAUGUGAAUGGAAGGCACUAAGGAACAAAUAUCUCAAUUUACAAAGGAAAUAUAUGAAAGAGGCUCGAGCUAUGUACCACAGUAAGAAGAAUGUUUAUACAGCAAUCCCAGCGUCUGCAGCGCCCACGUUAGAAGGCGAAUCAGCAAUAAAACCUCAAGAGAUAGAAAGCAGUAAAACAGUCACACCCUUGGAGAGAAUACCAGGUGUGUUUGUAGAGGAAGUGCUGCCAGAACCUUGCCUUGACGUCAGGCUUGUUAAAAGAACUAUUAAAAGUAAUAUCCACGCUCAACAUGUGGAAGCCAAAGAGGGACUUUCACAGGUCAUCAUUCGCUUUGACUCAUCUAAGGCUGCUGAUGAGUAUUGUACAAAUUCGAACAACCGCGCGCGUGUGUUGUGCGGCGCGGAGGAGCAGGAGCAGUGGGUGCGCGCGGAGGAGUCGCGCGCGGCGGGGGCGGGCGCGGGGGCAGGGCGGCGGGGGAGACGCGCGCGCGCUCGCGAGCCCGCCCCCGCGCCCGCCCUCGCACCCGCCUCCCCGCAGCCAACGCACACACACAUACGCUUCGACGAGUGAAAUACAACUCUAAAAGUCGAUGUCUAAUUUCUUUUUAUUAAACUCUAAAAAUAAACCUAUAUAAUUAGUAAACGGUAAUUAAGUAAUAUUACCGCUACCAGAGGUAAUAUUAUUUUCUAAUAUCUGAGGCUCAAGGCCAUAGGCGCGCUGCGCAUUGUCUUCCCCUCCCCGUUGUAUACCCCGCUACACUUCAAAUUCUUUUCUGCGCGGCGCGCCACAAGUAAGAGCCGCCAAGAUAUAUGAACACUUUAAUAUGUACAAGAGGGAUAUAUUAUUUUCUUGAGUCUUUACCUUUGUGUGUUAUUAUUUCAAUAAUAAAUAAGAGUAAAAUAUAUUUGUUUUAUAAAAUAGUUUUUAUUUUAUCAUGUAACGUUAAGGUCAGUCUUAAAAAUACGCACAAUUACAAAUUAUUAGUCUGCAGGAGGCACUGGCACAGUAUAAAAAUAAAAAGUAAACCUUAUAUAUCAAAAAGUAACAUAUAAAGUCAUAAAUACUAUAGCUACGAAGUAACCUGUAUACAAUAACCUGCUCCAUUUUAUUUCCUCUUAAAUGUUACGUAUCCGAUAUGACUUAAAAGUAUACAUAGUUUUAAGUACCGUCUUAAGUAAUAAAAGUAGUCAAAUAGUAGUACAAUUUGUUCUCUGGAACAUUAAUACCAUAAAAGUAAUAGUACAAGAACGAGCACCAAAGGAUGUAAAAAAA